AUGCCAAUGCUCUACAAUACUCGCUACAGUUCCAAACGAAGAGUGACUGUCAUGAUUGCAGUGGUUUGGGUCCUUUCAUUUGCGAUCUCUUGCCCCCUCUUAUUUGGACUCAAUAACACAGCAUCCAAUGAGUGCCUCAUAGAAAACCCUGCAUUUGUCAUCUACUCCUCUGUUGUAUCCUUCUAUGUCCCCUUUAUUGUCACACUCCUGGUGUAUGUCCAGAUUUAUAUAGUUCUGCGAAAGCGAAGGAAGAGGGUAAACACCAAGCGCAACAGCCGUGGAGUGGAGGCGGAUGGCAACAAGGACAAAUGCACUCAUCCAGAAGAUGUGAAGCUGUGUGCUGUCUUUGUUAAAUCCAACGGGAGUUUCCCAGCUAACAAAAAGAAAGUGAUUUUUGCACAGGAGACUGGAAACCAACCAGAAGAAAUGGAGAUGGAGAUGAUGUCAAGUACAUCACCGCCAGAAAAGACAAAACACAAAUCAGCUUCUCCAGACCAUCAACGUCUGGCUGUGCCAGCAACCUCAAACCAGUGCAAUAGUACUAACCCUGCCUCCCCAGCAGACAGUCCCUGCAAGGCUGAGAAGAAUGGACACCCAAAAGAUGGUGCACAGUCUGCCAAGACCUUUGAAAUUCAGUCAAUGCCCAAUGGGAAAACAAGGACAUCCCUAAAAACUAUGAGCAAAAGGAAGCUUUCACAGCAGAAGGAGAAGAAAGCCACACAGAUGUUAGCCAUUGUGCUUGGUGUCUUCAUAGUGUGCUGGUUUCCCUUCUUUAUAACCCAUAUCCUAAAUAUGCACUGCAACUGCAAGAUACCACCAACCUUGUACAGUGCGUUUACAUGGCUUGGUUAUGUCAACAGUGCAGUCAAUCCUAUUAUUUACACCACAUUCAAUGUGGAAUUCCGAAAGGCCUUCAUAAAAAUACUUCACUGCUAG